AUGAUCCGCACCCAAGCCCUCCGUGCCGCACCCCGCGCGUCUAUCGUCGCCGGCGCACGGCGCAUGGCCACCAACAACGCCAACAGGCAGACCGUACCGCCAGCGGCUCCCAACCCCGAGGCGAAGGAGAAGGAGCUUAAGGCGGAGGGCGCAGGCUCAAGCACCAUCUACAUUCUCACUGCUCUCGCUGCCGCCGCAGGAGGCGUCUACUGGAGCAUGUCGCGUGAUCCCGCCGCUGAUGGCGAAAAGACUAAGCAGAAGGCGAAGGAGGUUCAGCAUGAUGCCCACGCCAAGGCCGACGAACUGAUCGCCAAGGCCAAGAGCGUUGAACCAUCCGACAAGGACACCAUCUACGCUACUCGCGCUCGUGUGCAGUCUGAAGCCGCUCAUGAUCGCGAUGUUAUCGGGCAGGUCAAGGGUUCUGCACUACAGUACAGCAACGACGCCCAGAAGAAGUACGCUGAAACUCGUGACGCCGCUCUCGCGAAGGCUCAGCAGGCUCAGUCUGAGGCUGCGUCCAAGUAUGGCGCGGUUAAGAGCGAUGCCGAGAAGCGCUUGGAGGAAGCGAAAUCGGCCGUGUACCACAAAUAUGAGGGCGUCAAGGACGAAGCAGCUCACUUGCGAGCCGAUGCGGAAAUGAAGUACGAGGAUUCCAAGUCCGGCUGGUUCGGCUGGUGGGGUUCUACCAAGAAGGAUGCACAGGCCAAAGUUGAUGCGACCAAGGCGGAGGCCUCCGCCAAGUACGACGCAGUAAAGAGCGAGGCGGAAACGAAGAAGGCGCAAGCGGAACAGGGCUGGUUCAGCUGGCUCGGAUGGAGCAAGGCGAAAGGAAGCGAGGCGAAGUACGAGGCAGCGGAUACCGUCAAGGAGGGUGCUGACAAGACGAGCGGAUGGGCACAAGCCAAGAAGGACGAAGCGCGCCGAUGA